CCAUCGACGCGUUUACUCACGAGUCUUUGCCACGACUUCUUUCAAGCUCUCCUCUUUUAUAUGCAUUGCACUUCACCUUCUCAACUGGUCAACAAGCCCUUUUUCAUUGCCAUGUUAUCUUAUAUUCUCUCUGUUCACUUCAAUCCGAUUUAGCUUUUACUCUUGUAAUUCCCAUAGAGCAUAGAGUUCUAAAGUUUCUGAGAGAUCUUUUACCUCAACUCUCAGUAGUAACAGAUGGCUGGUGCAAUUGCACAAGGUGUUAUUGGGAAAGUUACUGAGAUGAUAGUCCAACAAGCAGCUCAAGAGGCAGCGCUGGUAAUCAACUUCAGUCGGGAUUUUGCCUGGUUGAAGGAGGAAUUCACUAUUAUAAGUGAUUGUCUGGCAUACGCAGAUUCACGAGCUGUGCAAGAGAAGCCCAUCAAAACAUGGUUGCAACGCGUUCGAGACGUUGCAUGGGAUGCAGAGGACAUUGUGGAAGAGUGUGCUAUUCGCUCGUUGUACACUCGGUCUUGUGUUUGCAAUCCUGAUGAAUUAUUUUUCCGCUAUAAAAUGGGAAAAAGAAUUCAAGAAGUGAAAGAACGAAUCAGAUCCAUCACGGAAGCUGGAAAUCAGCUGAAGCUUUUCAGUGAUUUGGUGCCCUCUCCCUCCGAACAGCCAUCAAGCGCCAGCGCAGCAGGUGGAAGAGGGUGGAAGGGAAAUAGUCUCCCACCCCGCGAUUCACACCCUGUUGCGAUUGAGUCGAAGAUUCAACAUCUCACCACAUUGAUGGAUGAAUCAACUGUUCCAAUCAUUGCAGUGGUGGGUAUGGGUGGAGCAGGGAAAACAUUUCUUCUUCAAAACAUGUUUCACAGAAUCAGACAAAGGUAUGAGCAUUCAAUCUGGCUUUCUAUAUCACAGUCAUAUUCUGUUCAUAAAUUACAGUGCGAUUUAGCGUCCCACAUGGGAGAUUUAGAGGUUAGGGUGAAAGAUGUAAGUGACGAGCGAGCGGCGGAGCUGAUUCAUGGCUGUUUACAAGGAAAGAAGUCUCUCAUCGUGCUGGAUGACGUCUGGAGGGCAGCUAGAGAAGAUAAUAUCAUUACGAGCCUUGGUCUUCCAAUUGGCCAUGAAAGCCGAUGUAAAGUAUUGGUUACAACGAGAAACAGAGAUGUUUGCCAAAAUCUUGGCGCUUUUCCAUAUCAAAUGGAGCUUUUAUCUGAAGAUGAGAGUUGGCAACUGUUCUGCGCUCAUGCUUUCCGUGGUAAUCUCCCACCAGAUCACCUUGAAGUGGUAGCUUCUGAAAUUGUAAAGCAAUGCGGGAGGUUACCAUUGGCUCUUAAGAUAACAGGAGCUUCUCUCUCCGUUACCACAGAAAUAAGUCAGUGGAAGUCUAAAUUGCAGCAGCUCAUUGAAGUUGUUAACCUCGACACGGAUCCAGUUAUACGGAUUCUUAGAUUGAGUUACGACUCCCUGCUUGCAGCUCUUAAGCCUUGUUUUUCUUAUUUGUCCCUUUUCCCUGAAGAUGAGAUAAUAGAUUGUGAAUAUCUCAUAAACCUCUGGACAGCGGAAGGAUUCAUUCCUCCAGGAGAAGACCAGUUGGAUGUUGCUUGGGGUUAUUUAUAUCAGUUGGCCAAUUUGUGCUUGCUAGAAGUAUGGGAGGAUCUGAAUAAGGAUCUAAUCAAAUAUUGCAAGAUCCAUGACUUGCUGCUUGAUCUGGCAAUUGAUAUAUCUAAAGAAAAUAGAUGUAUAUUUGCUGUUGAAAAUGUCUUCACAGAUGCGAAAAGAAUUUUACUGGCCAAAAAAGGGAUAACACAGAGCAGGUCUUCUUGUCCCAGAUCUCUGCGUACUCUUUCAUUUUAUAAAAAUCCCAUUGAAAUAUUUGAGGCAAACUUCUUCAACCCAAUGAGAUUAUUAAGGGUUCUCGACUUGAGCGGAACUAACAUUUCCACAUUGCCCCAAAGCAUUGGAAAGCUAAAAGUUCUCAAGCUUUUAAAUUUAUCAGAGACAAAUAUUGAGGAGGUACCAAUUUGUGUAAAAAGUCUCGAGAGUCUCGUCUUCCUCAGUCUAUCCCGGUGCAAACAUGUGCAAAGGCUGCCUAAGUGGAUAAGUGUACUCAAAUGUCUCCAGCAUCUCAAUAUACAAGAUUGCCACGAUGAGCUGUCAAGUCAUCUACCGAAGGCAAUAUCAGAGCUCGUGUCUUUGCGGGUACUUAGAUCAGAUGAAUUAAAGCUCUCUGUUGAAGAUGACGGAUUGUUAAAGUUGGAGGAUGUGGCCAAAUUAACCUGCCUCCAACAAUUAAGAGUAAUUCUAAACCAUGAUCAGGAGUUGAGGAGUAUAGAAAAUGGAAUCCUUAGUCAGCUAUUCAAGAUGCGCCAUUUGUCAAUAGCAUCUGGUUUUUCUAUAGAAUCUCAUCUACCACACAAUCUCACUGCCCUGCAGGAUCUCCAAACACUUUGUUUGCGGAAAUUUGUGGGACCGAGUUGGGUGUGCAGGCUAACAAAUCUGAAGCAACUCGUAUUGUUUAAUUGUGAUCGUAGUGAUUACCGUGCAUUGGAAACAAUGCCGAAUCUGAUAGAGUUGAGAUUAGAGGGCAAUGCGAGUUGCAGAAGAGUAUCAAAGGCAUUUGGAAAGUCAUCUGGGUUUCCCAAGCUACGGUUCCUGAAUAUUGAGGACUUCAAUCUUCUGGAGGAGUUGCCGGAUUUGGAGGAUGGAGCAAUGGCCGUUCUGGAGAGAUUCCAUUUAGAGUGGUGUCCAAGAGUGAAGAAAGUCCCACAGGGAUUGGAACGCUUAAGAAGACUAAAGGAAUUGGUAUACUAUGAGACCGGAACCAAUGAAUUUAGAGCCAGAUUGAAUGAAGGAGGAGAAGUUUGGAAUAAAAUCAAAACAAAAAAUCCCCAUGUGGACAUCAGAGGUUGAGUACCGUGUCAACCAAAAUAUUAUCUACUCUCUUUAAAGUUCAAAAAAUAAAGAGACAUUUUUUUACAAGAAUUUUCAAUUACUAAUAUCAAUAUAAUUUUGUUUUCCCCAUUC